CUGGGCUCAGACAUGGUGCCAGGAGCCAGGCACAGGCAUGAGGAUGAAGUCUCUCCUCCGAGGCCGGGUUCUGGUGCUGCUCUGGGUGUCCACAGCUUGGGCUGAGGUCCUGGUGCAACCAGAAUUUGAUGCCAAGAAGUUCUCAGGCCUCUGGUACGUGGUGGCCAUGGUCUCCGACUGCAAGGUCUACCUGGACAGGAAGGACCACCUGCUGAUGUCCACCAGUGCCGUCACGGCCACGGGGGAGGGCAACCUCAGCGUCCACAUGGAGUUCCCCUGGGCUGACGGCUGUAACCGAAUGGAUGCUGAGUACCUGAAGGUGGGCUCCGAGGGACACUUCAGAGCCCCAGCUUUGGGCUACCUGGACGUGCGCGUGGUGGACACGGACUACAGCUCCUUCGCCGUGGUCUACAUCUACAAGGAGCUGGAGGGCGCGCUCAGCACUAUGGUGCAGCUCUACAGCCGGACCCAGGAAGCGAGCCCCCAGGCCCUGACGGCCUUCCAGGACUUCUACCCCACCGUGGGGCUUGCGAAGGACAUGAAGGUUGUGCUGCCGAAGUCAGAUGCGUGCUCCUCGGCGGGCAAGGAGGCCCCCUGACAGCCCGGAGGCCCACCUCGGCCCUUCCCGGGGGGAGGACAGGGGCAAGCGGAGUAACAGGCCUCGUCACCCCAAGUUGUCCAGACCCUCGGCUCUCCCUCUUUUCCUGGCCUUGUCCCCCUCCUCAUGCCCACCUCAUCCCCAGGGGGCUGUCUCCCUGGGCCUCCCCCUUCUACUCAAUAAACACAUUC